UUUUGAUUUUACAUGGAUAUGCAAACCCAUGAAGUUACAAUUCUUAGGCAAUCACAUGAAAUCGACAAAAGUAGCUCCACUUGUGGCACGGGCAUGAUAUCAAGUAUUACCCUGUUGAUGCUAGAUCAAAAUACUUACUGUAUAAUAUUAAAAAGACAAACGGAAACUUCCAAAACACAGAUUGAAAUGCUGCUAAUCAUUUAAAAGUUGUUUUAACAAAAGCUAUCCAAGUGGAGAAGUGGCUUGUACACGCAGCGCAAUUCAAAAAGGCUAUUUUUAAGUUCAACUACAGCCAUUAGCAAGUUUGAGCUGUGAACUCCUCUGUGUCCUACAGGCUAAAAUGGCAGGUGAACCAGUUAAUGUGAAUGAAUUUCAAGAGCUAGCUAAGCAAGCUCUUCCAAAGAUGUACUAUGACUUCUUUGCUGGAGGAGCUGAGGAUCAGUAUACACUAAAUGAAAAUAUUGAAGCAUUUCGUAGAAUCACUAUUCGGCCAAGAAUACUUGUUGAUGUGAGCAGGAUAGACAUGUCAACUGUUAUACUCGGUCACAAGACUUCGGCUCCUAUUAUGGUUGCCCCAACUUCCUCACAUCAGUUGGCACAUCCUGAAG